AUGUUGAAGUCGAAGAAUAAUUCAAAGAAUAAGAAGUCGGAUAAGAUACAUUACUUACGUUAUGUUUGUAACAAAGAAGGUUUUAAGAAAGGAAGUUUGCUUAAUCCGAACAACAAGCCAAGAUCAGACAGUCCGGUUGUUAUUGAAUUUGAAAAAGUGAAAGAGAGACCGGAGGAAAGGAUUGGUUGUAAAGCUGGAAUAUAUCUGAAGUUGGAUGAAGCAUUGAAUGUUUAUAAGAUAUAUAGAUGGGAAGGGACACACUGUCAUCAACUACAUAGAAAAGAGCAUCACCGUUAUCUCAGAUCAUUCCGAGAAGUAAAUCAAGUUCAAGGACAACUUGCUUUAAUUAAUUCUAAAGCUGGAAUGUCGAUGAGGACGUCUUAUGAAGUCAUGGGUCAAGGAGUUGGAGGCACGGAGAAUCUCCCAUUUCGGUUUUCGGACUUAAAGAAUUAUUUGAUGACAAUUCGUUCAAAGGAGAUGAUGAGGGGUGAAGCAACUGUAAUUCAAGAGUUUUUUAGGAAUGAAGCUAUGUCGAAACCAUCUUUUUACUAUGAUAUGCAAGUUGAUGCUGCAGAAGACAUAGCUAGCAUUUUUUGGGCAGAUGGAAUUAUGCAACUGAAUUAUUCUUUAUUUGGCGAUGUCAUCAGUUUCGAUACAACGUACCGAACAAACAAUCAAUAUCGUCCAUUAGGUUAG